UGGCUGUUCAUCUUAAGGAAGAGUGUGUGGGUCGCCCACCGAGGAAUACAUGAGUAUUUAACAGCUGCCGUUGCAACGCUGAACAUUUAACCUUUUGCAUAUUUAAGGAAGAGGCAAGUCGGCCAUCCCCGCAGCUCUCUCGCGUUUUAGUCAACGUCGAGUUGCUGCAGUUGUCUACGUGUCCAUACACGGAUUGCUAACACGGGCGACAACAUGGAGGUGUGGAAUGUCCAAGGAAAGAGAACCUGGAUCUCGUCAAGUGGUUUCGUUCCUUUUUGCUUUUGUGUGUGGGCGCACGAAAGACUGUAGCUAAUGUAUUAUGCCAUCCCCAGCAAACGAAAGACCCAGUGCCUCGUCCUCUGACAGUCGGGAAUCCCCGGUCGUUUUAGCAACAGGUGAAAAACUAGCACGGCGUCGAGCUGAAAAAUGGGCAAGAGAAAUCGCAAAAAAUACUGAAUGUGGAGCUGGGGAACGCCCAUCUUGAUUUUAAUGCCGGUACUGACGGACAACAUGAUUGUAUGGGACUGAUCACGUAGGAGAGAGAAUAUUUACAGACUCGCAAAGUUAGCUAACGAUAGAUUUGCGAUUAAAAAUGCCUCGUUUGGACGAAAUCGCAAAUAUCGCUCUGAGAGUGCCUAGCAUACUCAUGUUGGACUUGUUAUACAAGUGUGACAUCGAUAGCUUCACGGAGCACCUGAAGGCAAAAAAUGAAGACAUGCUUUUCAAAUACAAAUAUGUUAUUUGGAACCUAUAUUAUGUUGGUCACCUGGUCAGUGUGGUGGUGCUGGUCCUGCCACUGAGACACAUAGUGAAGCUGUACCUCUAUGUCCUGACAGCGCUGCUUCUCUAUGUGGGACACCAAGUCUCCAGAGACUAUGUGCGUGGAGAGGUGCAUUAUGGGUAUGAGGGAGCUGUAUAUCUGGAUUCAUUGGCUUUCAGCCGUUUUGUUGCUGCACUGACAAGUCAGAUCAUCCUCAGCACACUGUGUGCCUUCCUCAUGAAGACCAGGCAGGUGUGGCUCUUCUCGGCUCACCUGCUCCCCCUGCUGGCUCGCCUCUGCGCUGUCUCCCACGCCAUGCUGGUCACCGUGAGCUCCUUCGCCAUGGUGCUCACGGGUAUCGAGGUGGCCCUCUUCCUGCUCUACAACCUCUUUGUGCCCUACCAGCUGGCCAGGGCGGCGUACAGGGAGGUCCUGCAGGUGGAGGUGAUGGAACUGUACAGAUUGCUUGCGUUGGGGGUCUCUCUGUGGAAUCAAUUUGCUGUCCCUGUCCUCUUCAGUGUCUUUUGGUUUGUGCUGUUCAUGGUACAAAUUUACUCUCAUGCCACAGCCAGCAGUAACUUCGUCAACCACCAGGGGGUGCUCUUUGUGUUCCUGACCAGUGUCUCAGAGUGCUGUGCCACGCCCUACUCCCUGCUGGGCCUGACCUUUGUGGUGUCUUACCUGGCCCUGGGGCUGCUCAAUCUCUGCAAGUUCUACCUGGGUGGCUAUGCCGCUGUGCAGAACGAGAAUGUCAUGCACAGAGGGGUGACGGAGGGCGUGACCCUGCUGCUGCUGGCCCUGCAGACCGGCCUGCUGGACAUGCAGGUGCUGCAGCGCACCUUCCUCCUCAGCAUCAUCCUCUUCAUCGUGGUCACCUCCACCCUGCAGUCCAUGAUCGAGAUCACCGACCCCAUCAUCCUCGCUCUGGGAGCCUCCCGCAACAGGAGCCUGUGGAGGCACUGCCGGGGACUCAGCAUGUGCCUGCUCCUUCUGAUCUUCCCGGGGUUCAUGGCGUAUAAGAUCUCCCAGUUCUUCCACAUGGACUUCUGGCUGCUCAUCCUGGUGUCCAGCUGCAUGCUCACCUCACUGCAGGUGACGGGUACCCUGCUGAUCUACUCGCUGUUCAUGGUGGAGCUGGUGAGGCGGGACCCCAUCGAGAGCCUGGACGAGAUCAUCUACUACGUGAACGCGGUGAGCCGCGUGCUGGAGUUCCUGGUGGCACUGUGCGUAGUGGCGUACGGCACCUGGGAGUCACUCUUCGGCGAGUGGAGCUGGAUGGGCGCUUCCGUCAUCAUCAUCCACUCCUACUUCAACGUCUGGCUGCGCGCCCAGUCCGGCUGGAGGAGCUUCCUGCUGCGGCAGGAGGCAGCCAAGAAGAUCAACUCCCUGCUCCGCGCCACAGCCGAGCAGCUGCAGCAGCACAACGACGUCUGCGCCAUCUGCUUCCAGGAGAUGAACUCUGCUGUGGUGACCCACUGUGGCCACUUCUUCCAUGGGAACUGCCUGCGCAAAUGGCUGUACGUUCAGGAGACCUGCCCCAUGUGUCACCAGCCAGUCAAGCCCACUGCACCUCCCCAGUUCCAGGCUGGUGGGGAGGACCAGGCCACCCCAGCUGAAAGGGAGAACGGGGCCUCCCCAGCUGGGGAGACGGAAAAUCAAGGUCCAGGCUCCGGCCCAAAUUCAGAACAGACACCACAGAGCGCUUCAGGCCAGCAGCAGGUGGAUGGGGUGGUAAUGACGGAAGCCGCUAACGGCUCAGGUAACGCGGACACGCCCCGCGGCCUCAACAGGACGCCUGUACAGGGCCUCCGAUUCAAUGCUAGCGGGGACUUUGUGGGCCUGGCCAGCCCUGUGCCGCUCUGCAGCCCCGAGGGGCUGGGAGUGGAGCAGCUGGUGAGGGCCCUGGAGGAGGAGCACCUGGAAGGCAGGAACGGCUCAGGUCUACACAGCAAACACGGCACGCCUUGCACCACGCCGGAUCCCGGAGCCAAAGAAGACGGCGUCUGCGGAGAAACGGAGUUAGACGAAGAGCGGAUUCGUUCAGAGUUGAGACGGAGGAAACCUCCUGCAGACAGCAAUGUGAUGGGCAAUGAGGACACGCCCACCUGUAUGGACGGGUACGACGCGUGGGAAAAUGGGGCUGACCCAUGGGAAGUGGGCCAGGACAGGCUUCCUGUGGGGAAAGCUCCUAAACCUGUAACGGUGGGGAAAAGUGAGGGUGAGGAGGUUAAUAUAGCAGCUGAGGCAGACCCCCACCCUCAAAGGCAGGAUGGCCCCUUCAACGCAUCAACGGAGAGUCACAGACUGCUGCAGACAGGGGGGUCUGCGCAGAGCGGACUGAGCCCCGAAUGAACGGGCCAGGGCUGCAGCGGUGUCAGGAGCGCAGCCAGCUGUGCAGACUUUGCAAACCUGGGGAGGCCAAAGACACAGUUGCAGGUGUCGGGGUGGGGCCCUGAUGGCAGCAGGAUCAUGUAGCACUGAGGGAAACUCCACCCAGCCUCUCAAAUCGGUACGCCUUCUGUCCAUGUACGAUCCUGGAAAUAUAUAUGUUGCCUUUUAGUCCUGAAAAUACAAGAUGUACUAACAUCUCAAUAUUCAAAUUCGUCAAAACAAAAAACUCUAUCACGAUUGGAGAGGAAAUAAUAACGUGCAACCUGUGGACCUUCGACAAUACGCAAGUAUGUUGAUUUGAAAGCAAACAAAAACAAAGUAUUAUAAAAUUCUGAAAUCUUAUUCAAAAAUAUUAAAUGAGCUGAAGUAGUUCUGAAAGAAGAGGUUGCUAAAAUUAUAUGUUUCUCCUGAGCGAAGACAUAUCCUCAACUUCUGUUGCCAUCCUUGUUAUCUGAACUUGUGAAGUUCUGCAUCUUUGUGGGUUCUACUUGGUUUCAGCCUUCAAACAGGGAGUUAGUGCAAAGGUACAACUCUUAUCAGGUCAUUUUAUUUUAUAUAUAUAUUUUUUUCAAAAUGUAGUAAGUAAUUUAAUUUUCUAAGAGUAUCCUGAAGCAAGUUAUGUCUGUCUCUGUUACUUCAGAGCAAAAACGUAGUUCUGCCAAAGCUGAUGCUUAUUGUAGUUAACCUGUUAGACUUGUAUGCUCGCUGGGCAUUGGACGGGGGCAUCUGGAGAUGACAGUUUGCCUGGUCAAAAUCUGCCUCUGAAGCACAAACCUUACAGACGACAUUUUUUCUGUGCUGCCUUCUCAAAACUGUGAUGUACCGAAACAUGAAGUUUGUAUAUAUAAACGAUAUUCCAAA